GCCCCGUCGCACUGACACAAUACUCGCCCAUCAUCCCUGUCUCCUCCCCCCCCCCCCCACUCGUGCGGUGCUUUGGCAAAGCCUGCCGAUCUACUCAUGAUGGCGUUGGCACCACUCGGCAGCUGAAGCUGAUCGAUCGAGCGAGCGAGCGAGCUCUGGGUGACAGGCGGACAGGCGCGACAGGCCAGGCUCAUCAAUGGGAGGCGCAGGCAAGAAUCUUGCAGGCUCGCAAUGCCGAGGCGCGACGCGGACGACGAGGCUGCUGCGGUGAGGCUGGCCAAGAUCCGGAAGCGGCGCGCACUGUCGUCGUCCGGCGCGUCGGACCCGGCGGCGGGGAGGAGGCUGCGCUCCAGGAGGCCCGCGGUGCUGCUGCCGCGGCUUUGGACUAGCGGAGGCGGGGGCGGCCGUGGCGCGUCGCCGCGCUCGGGCGGGGACAUGUCGGAGUCGUCCAGGAGCCGGCAUUGCCGUGGCGGCAACCGCCUCGCCGACGGGACGCGACCGUCGGCGUCGGCGGCAGCGAGGAGGCUCGUCGGCGCGUUCUGGCAGAUGGACAAGGACGCGCUGCUGGACGGGGAUGCAGCGGCGGCUGCGCGCCGGAGCUUGGUUCCUUGGAGCGGCGCGUCGACGGAGAGCUCAAGAAGUCGCAGCAAGAUUUUGGAGGCUGACGGGAAGGGAAGCCGGCGCAAUGGCCAUGGCCGGUUCUUUCCGGCGGAUAUGAUGAGCAACGACAGCGCGAUGGAGGUAGGUACAUGCUCUCAAGACGAUGUUUCAAGAUAUCCUGAGAAGAGAACAGCCAACCUACAGGAUCUGUACAACAGCUUGAUUGCAUCUAAAGAACUGGUCAAAGUACUAGACCACAUCUGGGGACCUGGAGAACUGAAUCCAUCAAUUGCCUCGCUCAUUUCUGCACUGCGUCCUGAGCUUGACGUUGCUCGUGCUCAUGUGAGAAGGCUUAUCAGGGAACAAAAAUCAGAUGCCGACAAAAUCGAGGGCUUAAAAAAGCAACUUACAGAAGAAAUGGAAUCUUGGAAGGUCAAACAGAAGGAGAAAGUAGCAAAUGCUCUCCAGUUCAUAGUUUCAGAGCUGGACAGUGAGAAGAAGUCAAGGAAAAGAGCAGAGAGGACAAACAAGAAGCUAAGCAUUGCCUUAGCUAACACCGAGGGCUCGUUGCAGGCAGCGAUGAAAGAGCUCGAAAGGGAGAGGAAAUCUAAAGGACGAGUGGAGAAGAUCUGCAGCGAGCUCAUCAGAAGCAUCGAUGAGGACAAGGCGGAGGUGGAGGCACUGAAGAGGGAAACCGAGAAGGCACAAGAAGAGCUUCAGAAAGAGCGUGAGAUGCUUCAGCUUGCGGAUGAGUGGCGUGAACAAAGAGUUCAAAUGAAGCUGUUGGAAGCACGGUUUCAGUUUGAGGAGAAAAAUGCAGCCGUCAAUCAACUGCGCGACGAGCUCCAAGCGUAUCUGGAUACUAAGAAAGAGCAGGAACCAGCAAGUGAUCCAAUGCAGUCGUCCCACGCAUCUGAAAAUGGCGCCGCUGCAGCUGAUGCGGUUGCUGAUAGUAAUGGUGGGGAGUUCAGCGAUGACAGCGAAGACGACGCCUCAGAAGGCAGUGACAUGCACUCAAUUGAGCUGAACGUCGACAGAAACAGCAAGACCUGCACCUGGAGCUACACUCCUUCCUCAAAAGGCAGGCAGAUAAGUGCAUCAAGGCAUGAAUCAUUUUCAGAUAGAGGAAUGGAUGGCACCAAUUCGUGCGGUUUAGAGCAAAGCUUUCAGGACAUGGAUGAAGAAUUGGAGGGAGACUGGGCAGAAGGAUGUAGCAAUGGAAUGCUAAAAUUUUGUCAUGAUGAGGAGAGAUAUCAGGCAAUCAAGAAUCUCAGAGAGCAGAUGUUAGCCGGGUCCGGGUUCAUCCUGUCACAAGGUAGAGAAAAUGCUGAACUAGAAUACUGUGCCUUGUAAGGUAAAGUACAUAUGAAAAAUUCAGAUAAAAAAGUAACGUGUCGUAUUGAUCGCUGUUGAUGCUAGAUCGAAAUGUUUCCUUGACAACACAAGACACUACUUCUUAAUCACAUAUAGUUUAUAAUGUAUAUAUGGU